CCGGCGCUCCUCAGUCUCGGCCCGCUAUCCCGGCCUCGCGGGUGGCCUCCUCGGAUCCCGCCGCCGCGAGCCCGAUCCCGCCUCCAGGCCAGCCUCCGCAGCUACGCUAGGCCGAGGAUUGGCAGCGCGCGUAGGCCGCGCCGCCGCUGAUGGAGCCGGAAUAAAGAGGUGGCCGAGAGAGCAGCUCGUCACUGCUCGUCGUCCGGCGCCUGGCCCUACGGGCGACCCGGAGCAGAACUGACCUCCAGGAAGGCAGAGGAAGGGCUGCCUUGAAGAGCCCCGUCCUGUAGACCCACUUGUAUUUUGUCUUCUUGGCUAAUGACUGGGGCUGUCCAACCCAUCCUUUUUUGUGCCUUAUCUGAGGUGCUUGUCCACCCCUGAGAUUGGGCAGCUUCUCUUUGGGUUGGGUCACGGUGAGCAGGAAACUGAAGCCAUUACUCUCCAAGCCUUGUUUCAUCUUCCCAAGCAUGUCGGAAGCCUGGCAGCAGCCACCACAGACGCAGCCGCAGCAGCCACAGCCACCUCAACCUCAGCAUCAUGCAGAACCACCACCAGCCCUGGCGGAGCACACACUGCCCCCAGGCACAGCUGAGAACCCACUGGGCUGUGCUGUCUAUGGCAUCCUCCUGCAGCCAGACCCAGGCCUGCAGCCCCCACAACAUGCACCUCUUCAGGCAGCCAGUGAGCAGGGCCCCAAAUGUGGGGUGUGUGGUCAUGACCUGACACAUCUGUCCAGCCCACACGAGCACCAGUGCCUGGUGGGUCACGACCGCUCGUUCCAGUGUACCCAGUGUCUCAAGAUCUUCCACCAGGCCACAGACCUGCUGGAGCACCAGUGUGUGCAGGCUGAGCAGAAGCCUUUUGUCUGUGGGGUCUGCAAGAUGGGCUUCUCUCUACUCACCUCCCUGGCACAGCACCACAGUGCCCAUACUGGCCUUGUGAAGUGCUCCAUCUGUGAGAAGACAUAUAAGCCAGCAGAAGCCUCUGAGCCAGCCACUACUGCUGGCCCUUCGCUUCCCCCUGCACCCCCUCCUCCUGCUGUAGCCCCUGCAGAACAACCUGAAAAGCCCUACAGCUGCCCCAUCUGCCAGAAGCCCUUCAAGCACCUGUCCGAGCUCUCUCGUCAUGAGCGGAUCCAUACUGGCGAGAAGCCAUACAAGUGCACGCUGUGUGACAAGAGCUUCAGCCAGUCGUCUCACCUAGUGCACCACAAGCGCACACACAGCUCAGAGCGCCCCUACAAGUGUGCCGUGUGUGAGAAGACCUUUAAGCACCGCUCUCACCUGGUGCGCCACAUGUAUGCUCACUCGGGCGAGCACCACCUGUUCCGCUGCAACGUGUGCGAGCUGCACUUCAAAGAGUCGUCAGAACUGCUGCAGCACCCGUGCACCCCGAGUGGCGAGCGGCCCUUCCGCUGCGGUGAGUGCCAGAAGGCCUUCAAGCGGCCAUCAGACCUGCGGCAACAUGAGCGCACGCAUAGCGCUGAGCGGCCCUUCAAGUGCGACCUGUGCCCCAUGGGCUUCAAGCAGCAGUACGCACUCAUGCGGCACCGGCGCACUCACAAGACGGAAGAGCCCUUCAAGUGCGGCCUGUGCGAGAAAGGCUUUGGACAGCCCAGCCACCUGCUCUACCACCAACACGUACACACCCUCGAGACUCUCUUCAAGUGCCCCGUAUGCCAGAAGGGCUUUGACCAGUCGGCUGAGCUGCUGCGGCACAAGUGCUUGCCGGGCUCCACCGAGAGGCCCUUCAAAUGUCCUGUGUGCAACAAGGCCUACAAGCGGGCGUCCGCCCUGCAGAAGCACCAGUUGGUGCACUGCUCUGCGGCUGAGAAGCCCCUGCGCUGCACGCUGUGCGACCGCCGCUUCUUCUCUUCCUCAGAGUUUGUGCAGCACCGCUGUGACCCUGUGCGUGAGAAGCCACUCAAGUGCCCAGACUGCGAGAAGCGCUUCAAGUAUGCUUCAGACCUGCAGCGCCACCGGCGGGUGCACACGGGCGAGAAGCCCUACAAGUGCCCCAACUGCGACAAGGCCUUCAAGCAGCGUGAACAUCUCAACAAGCACCAGGGUGUGCACGCCCGAGAGCAGCAGUUCAAGUGUGUAUGGUGUGGAGAGCGUUUCCUGGACGUGGCCUUGCUGCAGGAGCACAGUGCCCAGCACAGUGCUGCUGCUGCAGCUGCAGAGGGUGCCUACCAGGUGGCUGCCUGCCUGCCCUGAGGCCCUGUGGCCCACUAGGCCCCUUCAGCCUCGCCUCCUUACAGCCUCCUUACAGCUGCAUUGUGCUAAGGCCCCCACCCAGCUCAGUGGUCUGAGUCCCUGGGAGUGAGGACAUAAGGGUUCUGGGGUUGGGGAAGGUGUGUAGUGCCAAGCACUCCUGGCACCAGCCUGUCAGUGAGGAGAGGAAGAUUCAGAUCCCAUACGCUUCCCAUCACAGGAAUCCCACUGGCAGUCACCUGGCUCCAACCUUCCCAAAUCUUCCAGCCUAGUUAGAAAUCAGAUGGGGGGGGGGAGGGGAGAGGGUUAUGGUAGGGCCUGCACCUCAGAGGUAGGUUGUGGUGUAGUCCGGGGCAUGAGGGAGAGCAGACAGUGACCAGCCAUGCCCUGACUGCCUCAGCCAGGGGAGGUGUUUGCCUACACUUCUGACAGUCUCGGUGUUCAGGACAGGAGUCUGGGCCUAACCAGAAGUGGGGAAGCAGAGACGUUCCUGUGAUCCCUAACGCGGGGGCAGGGCUGUCUGGGGGAAGAUGAGCAGCCUGCAUGUGCUGAGAGCUUUUCCCAUAGCUCUGGAAGCACCCUCUCACCUUUACAUUGUGGCCCUGAGCUCUGGUAGAGGGCUGCAGACAUGAAAGUUGGGUGUGGUGGAAAGGCCUGCAGGGCUCAGAGGUGAUAGGCCAAGCCCAUGACGCCCCCAGCAGGUGCACACAUCUCCUCCCCCAGGUUGUGUGAACCAAAGUGUCUGGGGCUCAGGGUUGUAGACUUGGUGAGCUAGCCCCAGUCCUGCCUCACAGCCCAGAUCAGAUGCCAGGGUGGUGAAUGGCCUCUGACCCCACAGUUCCCUUCCAGCCCAUGGGGAUGCAGCCCUCCAGCAGUCUGGCUGCUGGCCCAGACCCUAGGGAUCAUAGGCUCUGAACAUCCAGCUACUUUCAAGCCCAGAGCAUUCUCCUUUGGGGAUUCCUAUAACCUCUGCUAGAUCUCUUGGGGCAGAAGGUGUCCAGGGCAUGGGGAAGAAGAGGAGCAAGUAGGUUUAAGGAAUCGAGGAGGCAAUGUGCUUAUCAGGUGAAGAGUCAAGCAAGAUCUCCAGGGCCUUUCUUGGAGCCCAGAGAAGCUUUAUUGUAAGAAUCAUCAGCCCUGCUGCUGCCCUCUUCACCCGGUCCUGGUUUAAAAAAAAACUUGAGUAGUACACAUGCCAAUGGCUGGAGGGGCAGAAAGACACCACCUUGCCUCGGGCUGUGGUAUCUGCAUAGCCACAUCCACCUCUUCUGUUGGACUGGGUUCCCUUCUGUGCCACAGAGAGGGGCUGACUUUACCCUUGGUGCUGGCUCUCGGUCAUAAUGCCUCAAAAGAAUGGAGCCCACUCCCGACUGCUGCUUUUCCAUUCAUUUGCUUUCUAAAAGCAAUUUGUUAUGCUAUUCCUAACACUGUAGUUUAAUUUCACAUCAUUUUUGGAUCUUACAUAUAAAUGUGGGAAUUUGGAUUUUUAAAAAAGAAUGACUCCAUUGUAGGUAGCCACUUUCGAUGUUAAUAUAUAGUGAGUCCAAUGUAUACUUUAGAAGUAAAGACAUUGACCACCACAGACCAAAGCUCCACUUGUUCUGUUCACACUUCACAGGGGAAUGCUAGGACGCAGAGGCAGACUGGGUUCUGAGACUCAGUGCUGGCUUUGCCUCCUAAGUUUUGGAUAUUCUGGUUGUAUGGCCUUGUGUAAUUUGCUCAGUUUUCGGAUUCAGUUGGCUCAUCUAUUUGAAAAAAAAAAAAAGGUCUUUGUCUGUUGUAAGAUCUCAUAUGGAGUUACACUGGCAGUACCUGCUGCAGGAUACACCGGGCCCUUGGGAGUGGACCGGGCUGCCCUUGACCUCAGGGCUUUGCCCCAGCCCUUCAGGAGGAAGUAGGGCUGUGAGAGACCAGUGGCCUCUGGGAAGGCCAGAGGGCUGGGACUGGUACUAGUAAGCAAGAAAACUUGCCCAUCCUCUCCCUGGAGCAGUGGCCAGUCCACAUAGCCCUGCCUUGCCCUACCCUGCCUGGAGGAUGGCCUGUUCUUGCUUUACACUGCCCACCCUGUCCCAGUGACCCCUUUGCCUGCUUAGCCCAGCUGCCUCCAACUUCCUCUGUGCCCAUCCCUGCCCUGCCCACAGAUACCCAACUGCAACUCAGGCUCUUUCUACCCAGCACUCCAUCUGUCUUAAGAGAUGGAACCUAGGGCCUUGCCCACAUGAGGCAAGUGCUUGACUACUGAGCUGUGCCCCCAGCCCUCUUCAUUUCUCAAAGGUGAUGGGAGAGAAGGAGAAAAGCACCCAGGUCUGGGCACUUGAGAGUCAGUGGAGGGUAGCCAGCAGGAGGACCUAGCCCUGGGUCGGUAAGGUAGGAGUGGGAGGUUAGAAACACAAGGACUGUGUACACUGCAGAGAGCCCGAAAACAGGAAAGAAGCCUUAGUAAAAAGCCUCUCAAAGCCCCACAUGUGACUGGGUCCUAUGCUUACUCCUGUGUGACCCUGGGAGGACUCUUCAAAAGCCUGUGGUUCCUAUGGCAGGCCUUUACUUCUGAGGAGAGAAUGGCCAGGUGCCUUUGUGUCUGUGCUAGGCUCAAAUCUUGACUUUCUGGCCACGUGACCUUCAGUAAACAACCCAUCCACCUAGUCGGCAGGGUGGACCUGCAUGUUUUCUUUGGGCAGAACCUAGAGACCCAGGACUUGUCCAGAGUCGUACAGGAUGAUGCAGGUGGCCUAGAUGUGAAUCUGGUAUGUACACACAGGUGGAAGACAGGCAGGGGGCCAGGGCCAGGACAGUGCUGUGCCCUGAACCACAUAGACCUCCAGCUCUGGCCACUGAUACCUGGGACUCUGGCUCCUACCCAGCCUUUGCUGGGCAGGAAGCUGGUAACAGCCAGGACUGGUUCUGACCCAGAGAGCAGGAAAGCUGUCCCCAGCAGACGGGGUGGCUAGCCCUUCUAGCCCACUCUCAGCUGCAUGAGGUAUCAAAACUCGAGUGCUCCAUCUUUUCUUGAGUGCAGCGACAGCUCGCUCAAGAGUUAAGUCUCCCAAGCACUGCUGUGGACAACCAUCCCUCCAUCUCCAGGACCCGGUGGCCCUGGUUCUCCUUCUUCAUCUGCAGCAGGCUUUG